UACAUUAGAGAGCUUACAGCAGUGCAGCUGCAUUGCUGCAGUUUCCCCACUGUAAACUGUCUAGUGUAACCGUAGCCUCAUCAGACACAAAUCUCUCUGCUGGCAAAGGAGCAGUCACACAAUCAGCAUCAGAGUUGUCAAGCAAUGAAUAAUAGUGGUUCAUUUAACAUCUCAGUCAUCAAUAUAGCUUGUGUCCUCAGUGCUAAGAAAAUGUGAGUUUUUACCAUGGGAUAACUAAUGUGCAUUAGCUAUCCCACUGUAAAAAGAUAGCAGAGACAGGACACGUUAGUUUCAACAAAAGGCAAAUUAGGUGAGGUCAGUUCCAUGCCCACCCCCCCUACAAUGCAAAGGAGGAACAGGAUAAUUCAUUGCAAAAAAAAUCCUUGUAAACUUGUCAAAAUGAAGAACAUCACUAAAAUAUAUCAUAUCAAAACAUGAAGCAUACAUAAAAGGCUAUGAAAUUAAAAUAUGUGUAAACAAUUCAGUAGAAAUGUUAACAUUUAUGUAUGUAACCAAUAAAGCAAUAAAACAGUGAAGUGUGCACUUCAGUGUUUGCAGGACGGCAAAUUACUUACAGAAAUAAGGAUUUUUAAUAAGUUUUCAUUUCCAAAGGGUGCAGAGAAAAAAAAUCACAUCUUACUGGAAGACCAAAACGGCUCUGAAUGUUAUAGGAAUGUACAACUGUUCUAGGUAUAUGGAUUCUUUGGGAGAGAUAAUGGAAAAAGUAUGAAGCUAGUGCCACCUAAAGGCUCAGAAACAAAAAGGCAAAUUAAAAGAACCUAAAAUGUAUUUAUUUUAAUUUUGUGACUUUGGGGUGCAUAACUCAUGAUUUUUGAAUACUUAUGGUUGUGUACUUAUAUUUAGAAAAAAUUACAAUAGAAAUUUAUGUUUGAGAAAGACUUCAUAGAAGAUAGUAUAGUGCCCUCUGGGCCAGAUUUUGAAAGGUAUUUAGGUGACUAGUGGACUUUCAAAAGCAUUGAGACACUUUUAGCCUUUAAAAAGCUGGCCCGUAGAGACUGUUUGCAAACCAUAUUCUACACACCAGUGGUAGCAUGUGACAAAGGAGGAAAGUGCUGGAUAACAAGGCAAAAUAAAGGUGACAAAAGCAAUUUUGACUGGUGGAUUAAAGGAAACUUAAGUUUGACAUCAACCCUGGAAAUCAGUCAGCCUUGAUGUGAUAUGAUCCUAAAGAAUACACCAUUGUAUUAAAAAAAAAACAGAAUUAAAAACUAAUCUCACAAUAUAAACAGGAAGUGCUACCUAGAAACACUGAGAUGUGAUUGCUGAACCUACUAGCAACUAUGAACAUUUUAAAAUGAUUAUUGCUCCUAAAAUAUCAUCUAAACAGCACAAUGACAUUCCUCUGCCAUGGGUUAAGGAAGGUGAAUGAACUGCUAAGAGUAAUAAAAAUAACAGUUUAAAAGUAAAGAAUUUAAAGGAGCGAAACUUGACACCCAGGCGAGCAGAAGAAAAAGGGCAGGCCAAUUCAGGCAGUGAGAAACGCAGUUCGGACACAUCUGUGAAGCGCGAUGAGGCUCUACACAGACAUGGACACUGACACAGGGUGUGUUUAAACAGUGCCCGUGCUAAUUUCCAGAGGGGUGGCGGGAGGGCAGGUAGGACGCGUCCCCCUUACCCGCUCCGCACAGGGCAUCAGAUAGGGCAGAGCUGCCUGAUCUAGGCAUUGGGAUGCGCUGAGCUCUGCAGAACGGGGCCCUGGCCAUGCUGCCCUGCGAUGAGGGGAAGCUCCUCUGCCUGGCCUCCACCCCGUGCUCAACCCCAGCUCCGAACCUCCCAUCUCUGAUCGCGCCCCUCAGCCCUUCCCCCGCCUCCAGGUGUCUGGCCAGCCAGUGCCACCGCUUCGGGCCCCUCCCGCCGGAGACCUGCCGCUCUAGGGUCCGGAGAGCAGCAAUUCCCAAGUCAGGGCAGCGUGAAAGCAGCGGCUUCAGCAGCCGUUACUGAGCAUGCUCACUUCAUUGGCGCAUGCUCAGAACCAGCUGUGCCAUCCCCUCCUAUUUGUCUCCGGUGCUCGCUGCCAGGGCACCCCGGCGGCUCGCAGCGUGGCAGGCACGAGCGGGGAUUGGAAGCGCCGCUAGCUCAACAGGCUGGUAAAGGCGGCGCUGCUGCGGACAGCGAUGGGGCUGCGGCAGGGGAGGCCAGAGCCGCAGAGCUCGGCUCGGAUGUUCCCGCCAUAUGAGCAGGAGCAACGGCCGCUCCUCCCCAUCGUCCCUUAAAGGGCUAGUAGCACCGCCCCUUUCACUGUGCGAAUCAGUCCCUUCCCGCAGCCCUGGCGCCGCUCCCCGUCGCUGCUCUUUCCCACUUGUUGUCUCUCGCUUCCUCCCUCCGUUCCCUUUCACUUCCGGGGUCAGAGUUGCCGCGGCUGCUACUCGGUAACCAGUUUUUGUCUGGAGCCCCGGCAGCGGAGCCGGCAGCCGCCCGCGCUCUCUGAAGGCCCCGGUUCCCCCAUGGCCAGUAACCCCCNGCCGCUGCCCGGGGCCUCCGGAGGGGGCGGCGCGGUGGAGCCCGAGCUGGUGUCCGUGAUUGUUAAUCACCUGAAGAGCCAGGGGCUGUUCGACCAGUUCCGCCGAGACUGCCUGGCCGACGUGGACACCAAGCCUGCCUAUCAAAAUCUGAGACAACGUGUUGACAACUUUGUUUCCAACCACCUGGCAACUCACACUUGGAGUCCUCAUCUCAACAAGAAUCAGCUGAGAAAUAAUAUUAGGCAGCAGGUUCUCAAGUCUGGAAUGUUGGAGUCUGGAAUUGACAGAAUUAUUUCUCAGGUUGUGGAUCCAAAGAUCAACCACACAUUCAGACCUCAGGUGGAAAAAGCUGUUCAUGAGUUUUUAGCCACAUUAAAUCACAAAGAGGAAGCAAGCCCCAGUACAGCCCCUAGUGAGGAAAAAGCAGAUGCUUCCAUCACAGUACAAGGCGUUUCUACUACUGCUCCUAGUACUAAUGUAGCUAGUGAUGCCAUGUCAAUUUUGGAAACAAUAACUUCUCUUAACCAGGAAGCAAGUGCUGCCAGGGCUUCAGCGGAGAAUACAAAUUCCAAGAACAGUGACAGAACUUCAAAAAGAUUCUCAUCUCAACAGAGUGUUGAUGGUAGCACAGAGAGAGAGCGAAACUCAGAAGACUUGCCAGACCAAGAGAAACCCAUUUGUGAUUCUUCAGAAGGAAGUGAAGCAGUUGCAAAGUGUGAAGAUUUAAAUGAACUCCCCUGUCCAAGUGAAGAAAUCAAAAAUUCAACAAAAGAUGUUAACAAUUUAAUUCAUCCAAGCAAAGAAAUUCUACAGGAAAGUGAUGACCAAAAAAAUAAAUUAACAGAUAAAGGUGACAGGAAACCAGAGAGCACUGAGAAAGGGGAAAGAAAAAAAGAGAAAAAAGAAAAGAAUGACAAGAAGUUUGACCAUUCAAAGAAGAAUGAUGAUGCCCUAAAAGCAAAAGAAGAGAAGCAAGUGAAAGAGAGAGAGGCAGAAUCAGUAAAACAGUUGGCUCCUGAAAAAAGCAGCAGUAAACACAAGAUAACAGAAGGUGUAAAAGAAGAACAUAUUUUGGAGGAUUCAGAUGUGGAUUUACUCAGUGAUAUCACUGUAAGCUCUGUCCAUACCAGUGACCUCUCUUCCUUUGAAGAAGAAAGUGAAGAGGAAGCUGUGGUUUCCGAUAGCACUGAAGAAGGAGAGAUCACAUCAGACGAUGAAGAAGAGAAGAACAAUCAGAGUAAAAUAAAGCCUCAGACUAAUGAGGUUUGCGAUGGAAAAGCCAAACCUGUCCGUCAUGCAUAUGUUCACAAGCCUUUUCUGUACUCUAAGUACUACAGUGAUUCCGAUGAUGAACGGACUGUAGAGCAACACCGUCAGUCUAUUGCCAGAGAAAAAGAAGAGAGACUCUUAAGGAGGCAGAUUAAUAGAGAGAGACUUGAAGAGAAGCGUAAACAGAAAGCUGCAGAGAAAACAAAGUCUCUGAAAAGUGGGAGUCAGGGUGCUGAAGGUAAAAGUGGCCUGAACUUGGAAGAGUCUUCGACAAAAGAUUUUGAAAUGAAACUUACUGGUACCAGCAUUAAGGAUGUUCUUAAAGAACAGAAGUUUUUAGAAAAAAAAGUAGCCCUGAGCAGGAAAAGAAAAAGAGAUUCAAGGUACCUAUGUUUUCCCUUCUCCUGUACCCGGGGACUUCACCCAUUCUCCAUGAAUUCUCAAAGGCAUGUUGAAGAUAGUUGGGAAAAGAAAUAUGAGCAUCCUGAAGAAGAUUCCAAAGAAACACAAAAGACAAAUGAGACCUGUGAAAAAAUCUCUUCAAAGGAGCUGAAGCAUAAUCAUGGAAAAAGCGAAGUGACUAAGCCUGUUAGAAGAGUUUCAGAGUCAGUACAUUCAACUGAGGAAAGCAAAAAUGAUCCUAAAGUGGAAAGAGAACAUAAAAGAAAAACAUCUACCUCUCUUCAGAUAGAAGGAACACAGCAGGACACAGAAACAAGGGAACCCAAAAAGCAGCUGGAGAGAGCUGAGAUCAGCACUGAUGAACUGCAGAAGCAGAAAUAUGCCUUUAAAAAUGAAAAACAUCUGAAAAAAGAUGAUACAGAAAUUCAAAAUUUAAGAAUUGUUGCUAAGAAAGAACUCAAAUCAUUUAGAGAUAAAAAUGAAAAAGAGAGAACUCUUUCAGAAGAUAAAUUGUUAAUAAAACAUAAAUAUAAAGGAGACAGUGUAUAUAAAAUAAGCGAUGAUAUUGAGCUCCAUUCUUUUGAAAGAAGCUUGAAAGGCGAGGAUAGUGUUCAAAAACAUAAUCAACAAACAAAGGUUCCAUCAGAUGAUAAAUCUGAAAGAAAAAGUAAACACAGAAGUGAAAGGAAAAUAUCAACAACUAGCAAAGAUGGAAAAAAUGUUUCUGAAUACACUUUAAAAAAUGAAGAAAUGUUACAUAAAGAAAAUAACAAAAAAGACAGACACAUUUCAACAGAGAAGUCAAGAGCGGAAUACAAGACCAAAAGGUCAAGUGAUUCUAGGCCCCAGAAGGAUUCUCAGGGUAAUUCUAAGCAACUUGUUUCUUCAUCACAGAGAAGGAGUGAAAGCUAUUCAGAAGAUAAACAUGAAAUAGAAUCAACUAAUUCAGAUAGUAAUUUAAGGCAAGAAGAUAGUAUUCACAGAGAUAGACGAAGAUCAAAGAGCUUCUUAGAAGACAAGUUUUUGUUAAAGUCUAAAUCUAAGAGUCACAGUAAACAAUCCAAACCAAUUGAAACAGAAUUACAAGAGAGUUUUACAAAACACGAGACUGUUCAACAACCAGACAAAGAUAAGAACAUGGAAGAGAAUGACACAGAUAAACAACGCAAAUCCAAGAAUGAAGAUAAAGUUUUUGAAGAAAGCAUUGUUGAUUUUGAGCUAGAAAGUGGGAUGCGCUCAGUUUAUAGUUCACAAAAAGACAUUAGUCACAGAGUUAAGUUACAAGCAGGCGAAAAGGUAACUGUAAAAGAGAAAAAUAAGAGUGAUAAAGAUUUAAGUUAUUCCAAACUAGAAAGAAAGCUGUCAGUAGAAGGUCACAAAAGCAGAAACUUAAAGCAUAGCAAUAAGGAAAUGAAGAAGAAAGAAGAGAGUAACAAAUUAGAGGACAAAGAUAUUAAAGAAAUGGACUGUAGCCAUGAAAAGGUGCAAGGGAUUAUGAGUAUGGAUAAAAAGUCAAGUAAAAAAUUAUCUUGUGAAAAUAAAAAAGGAAGUUUGUCAGCCCAUGAAAUGACAAUGGAAGAGGAAAAAUUAGUAACUGAUAUAUUUGAAACCAGUCAUAUUCCAGCGACUCAGAGACCAAUCAGGACUAGUGAUGACUUGUUACAUUCUGAACAAGGAGAAGAGCCAAUGGAAGUUGCUUCAGAACAGACAUAUGCAAAGGUACAUGAAGCAUCUAAAAUUGAAGAAAAAAGUAGUAGUAGUUCACUACUAGACAUGGACUCUGAAAAUACUGCAAAAGAAAAUAUGAACCUAUGUAGUUCAAAAAAUGAACUGAGAAACAGUUUGGUGGAUUUUGAAGCAUGUGUAUCAGAGUUUCCAGCUGACAGAAAUUCUGAACAAACCAUUGAACAUGAAAAAAAUCCUAUUGAAGGAGUUAAUGCACUAGAUAUUAUGUCCAAACAAGCUUCUGAGGAUCAAGGACCCAUUAAACAGGGGGCAUAUCAAAUGAACAUUGUGUGUGAAACAAGUGGCAGAAUCUUACUUAAUGCUCCUAUUAAGGAGCAGACUUCAGAAGAUGUCAGAAAACCAAAAAAUUUAAACAAAGUCAAUCCUAUUGAAGAAAGUCUUUCUUUAGCAAUUAAUUCAUCCAGACAAGAUGCUUCCCAUAAAAAGUCCAUGAAUAUAUGUAUCUCAGACUUCACAGACUCUUUGCCUAAUGUAGCUAAAGAGGAAUCUCAUACUUCAGAUAAGAUUUGUUUAAAGAAAGACUCCUUUAUUUUAGACAAUAAUGCAACACGAACUGCAUAUGUGGAACAAGGUAGCCCUGUGCUAGGUUGUGUUAUGAAAGAAGCUGAGGUCACCAUGAUAAACACUGAAAAAAAAGAUGAUGAGACUCAUCUAAUUGGUGAACAAGCAGUAGGAGAAAACAUGGGUGAUGUAAGUAUACAAGAAGGUUAUGAUCAAGUGACUAUGUUAGAUAGUGUGCAAGGAAGAAGUGCGUAUAAUGUAACUGGUGGAAUAGAAGGCAAAAGCUCGAUGACUGACCAAACUGCAGAUCAUGGAGGUGUGAGCGUGAAAAAAUCUGUCUUGAUGAACCUGGAGGAAAAAGAAAGUUAUGAUAACUUAAAUAUAGGCACUGCUGCAAAGGAAGAAAAGGGUACCAUGGUGGACAUGGUCAAAAAGAGUGAAGGACAUGAUAUGGGUAACAUGGUAGAAUCUUCUUUGUUGCUAGUGCCAGUGAAUGUUAUAAGAGUUCCAGAAGAAAUAAUUAAAGACUCUUUUAUAGUUAGUGGAGCAGAAGAAGGUGAUGGUAUGAUAACUGACACUGAAGAUAAAAGUGAAAGCAAUGUAGUGGGCACCAGUGCAGGAAGUGUUGAUCACAUAUACAACAGGCUAGAAACAACUGAGGCCACUGCAAUAGGAACUAGCACAGAGAAAAUGAUUGAGAGCAGUGUAAUGGCCACUAGUACAGGAGAAGGUAAAGGUGAGGGUGCUACAAUACACUCUGAAAAGGAAAGUGAUGCCACAACUACUUGCUCAGAAGAAGAAAGUGAGGUUACUUUAAUCUGCACAAGCAUAGAAGCCGAUGAAGGUUUCACAACAAGUAUAUGGGCGAAAAGUAACGAAAGUGUCAGUUUCAGCACAGAAGCAGAUGGUGAGUGUACUGUUGCAGCAGCUGAAGAAGGUGGUGGUGUUGUCACUGGAGGAUUUGCAGAAAUGGAAAGUUUCCUGACUAGUACAAAGGAAGGAGAAACUGGUGAGUGCACCAUGAUUUAUACAGAAGAAAAUGGUAAAGAUUCAGUCAAUGCAGGCAGAAUAGAAAUUGAGGAUAAUGUGAACAGUGCUGGGACUGAAGAAAAAGAUGAUGCUGUAACUAGUGCAGGCUUGGAAGAGAAGUGCAAGACGUCAACUUGUAGACAUACAGGCAAAUUUGAAGGUUCUGUUACCUGUAUAGGUGAAAUUGAAAGUGAUGGUGCUGUGACCAGUGCAGGCACAGAAGCAGGUGAAGGAUUCAUGAGCAGCAAUAAUUCAGAUGAAUGCCAAAGCAAUGUAACUGGUGCUGACCAAUUAAAAGAAAAUGAGGGUGCUGUAACUUGUACAGGUACAGAAGAAAGAGGUCAUGGUUUCAUAAUUGGCUCAGUGGAUGCACAAGAAGACAGUGCUGUAACUGGUGCAUGUGUUGAAAUGGUCUUGAACAACAGUACCAUGAGUGGAACAAGUGCUGACAAAGGUGAAGAUACUGUAAAUGGUGAAAGUGCAGUGACCAGCACAGGCAUAAUAGGAGAAGAUGAUGCUGAGACUGCAGCAAUCUGCACAGGACUAGAAGAUAGCAAUGAAGGUUUUGCAGUUGGCUUAGACGUAGAAAAAUGUGAAAGUGCAAUGGACAGUACAGAAGCAAAAGAAGAAGCUACUAUCACUAUGAUCAGCAUAGGGCCUUGUGACGAUGAAGGCUUUGUGACUAGCACAGGUGCAAAAGAAGAGGAUGAAGAAGGUGAGGAUAUUGUGACCAGUACAGGAAGAGGAAAUGAGGAACUAGAACAUGCUUCAACCUGUGAAGGAAUAGAAGGUGAAAGUGCACUCAUUUGUAUAGCAUCAGAAGAAGGUGAAAGUUCCAUUUUCUGCAUAGUUGCAGAGCAAGUAGAAGCUGAGUCUGGUAUGGCUGCCACAAGUAUAAAUAAAGAUGGGGUUUACAGCAAUACUGGUGCAAAGAAAGAAGCUAGUGGUGGCAUAAUCUACAAAAGUGCAAAGGGGAUAGUUGAGAGCAGCGUGGCAAGUAUAAGCAUAGCAGAUGAAGACACUCUGACCCCAAAUACAGAAAAAGAUGAGGAUGCCAUGAUGUCUAUAGAUGUUGAAGCGUACGAGGGUCCAAUGAUUAGUGUAGUGACAGAGACAGAUAAGGGUCAGUCUGCUGCUGCAGCUCAAGAAAAGAAAGACAGUAGUGCCGAUGGAAGUCAUGGCAGAAAAUGUGAGAGUCCAAUAACCAGUGCAGUCACAAAGAAAGAUGAGAGUCCUCCUGCUUCUACUGAUGAAGAAAAAGCUAAAGGUGACGUGAUCUCUACCAGUACCAUAGAAGAAGGUGUUGCUGCCAUGCCAUGUUCAGCCACAGAAAUUGAAGGUUCCCUCACUGUUGCAAGAACAGAUAAAAAUGAAAGUACUGUGGUCUUAAUAGACAAAGAAGAAUUUGAGGCUCCCAUGCCUAGUACAGCCACAGGAUUCAAAGAGAAUACAUACACUGCCAGUAGUAAACAAGCAAAAGAUGAGUGUACAACGAUUUCCACCAGUAUCGUGGAAGAAUUUGAGGCUCCCAUGCCCAGUGCAGCUAUGGAAUAUAAUAGCCAGGUCACUGCUGCAAGAAAAGAAGUGAAUGAGAGUACUAUGUUUUGUAUAGACAUGGAGAUAUAUGAGGUUGCCAUGCCCAGUGCAUUCAGUGGUAGAGAUGAUGGAAAUCAUCCAACUGCAAGAGGCAAAGAAGAAAAAGAUGAGUGUGCUAUGAUUUCCACAAGUAUAAUGGAAGAACAAGUGAUCCUCGUGUCCAGUGAAGCCACAGAGGAUAGGAUUCAGCAUGUUGCUGCAGGCACAGAAGAAAAAAGUGACACUGCCAUGAUCUCCACAAGUAUGGAAUAUUUUGAGGCUCCUAUGCCCAGUGCAGCCACACAAGAUGAGGAUCAACUCACUGCUUCAGGAACAGAAGGAAGACUGGAGGCUGCCAUGAUCACCAGAAGUGGGACAGAAGAAUGUGAGAUAGUCCUUAUCAGUGGAGCCACACAAGCUGAAAGUCAACUCAUUGCAGCAGAAACAGAAGAAAAAGAUGAGGGUUCCAUGAUUACCCCAAAUGCAGCAGAAGAAUGUGAGGUUGUUGAGACCAGUGCAGCGAGAGAUGAGCAGCGUGAAAUAACUGCUCUAAAUACAGAAGGAAAAAGUGGUGGUUCUAUGAUUAUUGUUAGAAAGGUGGUAGAAUGUGGGGCUCCAAUGAUGGGAGUUGCCAGCAGCAAUGAAGAUCAACACAUUGCUUCAAGUAUAGAAGAUAAAGAUGAAGGUGCUGUGAUCACUCUCAGUACAAUGGAAGAAUGUGACAGUCUUUUCACCUUCUCAGUCAUAGAGGAAAGUCAGCUCGUUGCUGCAAACACAGAAGUAAAAGAUGACAAUGUCAUCUUUAAUAGUACCAAAGAAAUUGAAUGCAUCCUGUCAUCCACAGGCCCAGAAAAAAGUGAUAGUUCUUUGCCUGUGGGUGAUAGAGAAGGAGAUGAAUGCGUAUAUAGGGGAGAAAAGGAGAUUCAUGAGGAUGCUAUGAUGAGAGAAUCAGUAGUACCUAAGAUCACAUCAGACACUGAAGUUGCAGAAACCGCUGAGACUACAGUGAACCUCAUAAGCGUAGAUGAAGCCCUCUGUAUGGAAAUUAGUACUGAGUCUACAGUCAUUGUUCGCCCUUCUACAGAGAUGGGUGCAAGUGGUGAAAGAGCUAAAGACUAUAUUCCAUAUGUGGAAGUUACAUCAGAACCUUGUAUUCCUUCAGAAGAAGCAAAGAGGAAUGAUCAUUUUAAAAACAUAGACGAUAAUGUUAACAGUAGCUUAUUAUUAGAAAGUGACUUUUCUGAAGCAAGGACUUCACCUCCUGGGGCACAAAUUCUUCCGCUACUUUGUGAACAUGAAAGCAAAUUAACUGUAAAUACCAAUCAGGGUGAAAUAACUGUAGAAGCAAAACUGGGAGAAAAGAGUGACUUCCCUGUGUCGCAUAUGGAUAAACAAUUUGAGAAUGAUGGCAAAAGGAACACUGUGGAAGUAGAUGAUAACCUUGGAAUCAAAGUUUCUAUUCAACAAAAUACAAGCUUCAAUUCAGGCAAAAAAGAAACUUUACCAAUCUUGGCUGAAGAACUGGAACUGAAAACGAACUUGAAAACUAAAGAGCCACAAAAGUCUAGAAGUCCAACAAGGGAAGAACUGCAUGAGGAACCUCAUAUUGAAGAGUAUCUAAAAGAUUUGCCACUGAAGAAUGCUUCUUUGAAGAAAGACCCUAUAGAUGUGGAAAACUCUGACACACAAAGAGAUGAGUGUAGCUGCAAAGAAAGGAAAUCUAAAUCUCCAGUAACUACAGGUAAAGAAACAGCACAGGAAACUUCAAAUACCAUAGAUAUGACAGAAGCAGCAAAUAUCCAGAUUGAAGUAAAAGAUGAAGAGAAAGAAAUACCUGAUCAGGAAAAAGUAAGCAGCAUGCCAGGAAUGGAAAAAAACCAAUCGCCUACUCGAGAAGGUGAAUCAGAUGAUUAUCUGAUUACUCAGGAUUUGAGAAAAGGAAACAAUCAGAGUCAGUGCUCCAAAAUAAAAGAUAUCAAGGAUGUGACCUCUGGAGAUGUAGCUGAGGUAUCCAAAGAAAUCAUUAGGAAACAUGCACCUCUUUCAAGUACUGUGGAAGAAAAAGAUGAGUUAACCAGCAAGCAGGACACUUGUGAAAAAGCAAAGCAGAGUCUGGAGUGUAAUUUAAGUUCUGUAGAGGAAAAUCAACCUGUAAUAGUUAAGCGGAAAAGAGGAAGGCCUCGUAAACACCCUCUUGAAGCAGUACGGAGUAGGGUGGAUUCAGAAGCUGACAUAAACACUGGGAAUGUUCAACAGUCUCCAAUUCUUGCUACUAGAGGAAAGUUUUCUCAAACAGCUAAAGACACGUCUAAUAAGAACGAAACAGCAAAUGAGGCUGAGGCGGGAAAAGCAGAGAUGACUGUGCGUCGAAGAGGAAGAAAGCCCAGAUGUUCUGUGAUUCCAUCAGAGGAAACUGAAAUACUGGAGCCGGAAAGAAAACGUCGGAAGUUGGCAUCUGCUGCUGAAGAGGAAAUGAAAGAACAGGAAGAAGAUGAUGAUGAAGAUGAUGAUGAUGAAGAGGAAGAAGAUGAUGAUGAAAUACACUCUGGAGCCACAACUAGAUCAGCCACGAGAUUAGAGGCUCAAAAAAAGCAGCCAAGCAAACCAACCACCCGUGCUGCUUCUAAAGGCAACAGCCCAAGUCCAGUUUCUCCUAAAAAACAGCAAAAUUUAGCAGCAAAAAAGAGGUCGCCUGGUGAGGCAAAAGUUAGCAAGUCUCCUCCAUUGGCACAGUUAAAGAUGCAGACUAGCAAGCGUAAAAGGGAAGCCAGCCCACCAGCGGUACGCAGAAAAGGCCAGCUGAAAGUUGACGAAACGCCAUUAAAGAAAACAAAGCGAUAAUUGUUACCAUCUGAUAAUAUUCAUGGAAAAGUUGGAAGAAAAGAGAGUGGUCUCUGCUUCUGUUUUGUUGUGUUAAAGCAAAGGGAUUUGCAUGUGCUUGUUUCUGAGCUCUAAGUUAAUAGAUGCAGAACUUAAGUUACGUUUUAAACAGUUUUAUAAAUUAUGAUUUUUACAGAAUAUUAUACAGAUUAAAAAAUAAGUUUACUUUGUAUCUGAAAGAAAAACAAUUACAGAUUUUAACACUGACUCAGAAAGUUGGAAUUUCCCAAUGUGACAUGCUAAUACAGAUGCUUCCACUCCACCAGGCACCAAGGGCCUACUAAUAUUCUAUGUAUAUAAACUUGUAAAAAUAGGUUGUAUUUUACUGUGUAUGAAUCUAAUCAAUGAUGAACACUUUAUUUAUUGUAUGGAGAGGACUGGUCUGUAAACUUUAGUAUAUACCUUAGGUUUUAUUAAUGAUAUUUUAAAUUCUAUGCAGCCAUCAGUAGGAAUCUUUUUUUUUUUUUUUGGGGGGGGGUGGGGGGGAGGCUGUCUAAAAUCCGAAGUUCUCUGAAAUAUUCUCAGACAGCUGGUAAAAUAUUCUCUUGCAUGUAUUAAAGUAGAUUACCAUAGUAAAGAGGACUCUCUUCCUUUUCUGUUUACAUUCAUAACUAUGUAUAAAAUAGGCAUCUUUCCAGAUUAACUUUUCAUCUCUCAAUUUUGUACUAACCUCAGAGUAGUAAAUAGUAUUAGUUUAGCUUUACUCAGACCAUUUCAGCCAAAACUAUUCUGAAGUACAAUGUUAUAUUUCACAACUUAACUGUUCUUUCAGUGUUUGUCUUUCAAUGAAGAGGGACCCAUAGAAGUGAUAUUUAACUUCAGAUAACUAUGGAGCUUCAGCAUUUUGUGUGACUUUUUAUACACAGGUAUUAAAAAAGUAGAACUUGGUAUUAUUGCCAGAUUCUUUUUUAAUAUAUAUUAACUCUCGUAAGAGCAAAUGUUCAAGUUAAGUUUUACAUAGUUAAGCUUUUCUUAAGAUCAAAUUUGUCUCUUGCAAUGAUAUGAUGAGUUGCCAAAUAAUCUCAAGAUUAUUUUAAAAUGUUUUGUUCAUAUUCUUGUUUUAUAAUUAAAAUUAGCAUUCUGGUUUUUUUGGUUUUUUU